AGGAGGACGACAGCCGGAGCGUCGCUGCCUCUUCUGUCAUGUCUCUGUUCCACAGGGUGCAGCUGGAUCCUCUGGAGAAGCUCUGGUGGAGGAGCUCAGCUCUGGGGAACAUGGCCGCCCAGCGUCAGCUGCUGGCUCAGGAGCCCAGCCUGGUGCUGAAGAAGGAUUUCGUCUCUGGGACGGCGCUUCACUGGGCAGCCAAGCAGGGCCGUCAGGAGGCGGCGGACAUGAUGCUGCGGUCCGGAGCCGACGUCAACGUCAGAUCGCACGGGGGUUACACAGCUCUCCACCUGGCCUCCAUCCAUGGCCACCAGCACAUCGUCCAGGCCCUCAUCAACACUCACAAUGCUAACAGCUCCAUCAGAGAUUAUCACGGGAAGACGGCAGUCCACUACUGGAGCGGCUGCACCGACGUCUUCAACAAACCUCAGGCUCAGUCAGGUGGGACGUUUUUCCGGGGAAGACGGACGCAGCGUUACGCUCUGCCGUCGUUACUGCUGACUCGGUCUCGCAGUCAGGGACAACUCAACCUGGAUUUUGGGACGCCGCCGCUGUCGGCCUCUCACGACGUGCUGGACCUCCACCUGUGACUGUUACCUUUCACCCUCCAUGAUGGCACCACACCCAGACCACCCUCCCCGCUGCAUGAGUUCUUCUCUGUGUAGCCAACAGCAGCAUCAGCACACAGCGACAGGUUUGAAGGUGAAGGUGGUUGAUAAGAGCUGAGUUUGUGUCCCAUCUCGUCCUGGAAGUCUCAGCUCCUUCGGUGUAGCUGUUAUACUUAGUUAUAUUUAGUUAACCUGUGUUUGUGACUUUAUUUAGUCAUUUCAAUGACAGAUUUCAAGUCAAAAGUAAACUUUGUAAAAGAGUCAAAAUGUUCAUAAGUUCUCAUUAAUUUGUAAUAAAUGGAUCACCUGACCUGAACUCUCCAGUUCUGACAGAACUGAUGCUACUGCAGCAGCUACACUAACCUCUUCAGGACCAACGGUCUCCGUGUCGUCACACACCCCUAAGCCACGCCCCCUAGCUGCACAGGACGCUGAUUGGUCCGGACACAGACACAUUACCUGCAGCCUGACAAGACGGAUUCUCGUGUGAUCUUGUGAUGGACCGCCCAUCACACCUGUGGGACGAUCUGGAUCGGCGUGCACGCCGACUCUGAGGAGUGGAAAGUGAAAUCUACUUCUGACUUCUAUGGUCCCACUGAGUGCAGUAACGGACGCUAACAGAGAGAAUUUAUUUACAUUUACUGGCUUCAUUAUUUUGUUUUUGUUCAUUAAUGUGUUUCAUUUUGUCGUCUGAUAUUCUGUCUGUUGUGAAGUGGUGAAUAAAUAUAUCCAGUGUAGGAAAUAAAGGGACCAAAAACAACUAGAAAAGUACCAUUUAAAAGCCUCUUGGCGUAUUUAAAUCAUAUGAUGUGAUCAGUACAGACGACAUGGCGUGAAUCAACACCAAAAGCAAGAACAGCGUAUGACCCAGGUAUUAUUAUAAAGCAUUGAUUUUACGAUGCAGAUGUGUUUUAUUGCAUCCUGAUGUUUCAUCUGUGGAGGAACAAUUAAAAGUAGUUUG